GUGUUCGACGACGGUGCGGGUGGGGAGACAGAGUCUGAGAUUGACUACGACAACAUCCACAUCAUGGGCCUGAUGUGCAUGGUCGACCUGAUCCCCGUCAACCCGCCCGCGCCUUCGCCCACGACAUCCGCGCCAUCCCCAUCGACUUCGACACCGUACUCGCCCCCGCAGAGCCCGCAGUCGCCGUACUACAGCACAGCGUAUCCACGGCCAGGCGAGAACGCGACAAGUGCGCUGGCGGGGACGACGUUUGUGCAGGUCGACAGCAUCCCGUGGAAGGGCCGCACGAGUCUGCUCUUCACCUUCGCUG